AUGAAGUUUGAUGACAUUAAUUGUUUUUCAGAAGGAGUUAGAUCAUUUUUGAGUGCAUUCUUCACUUGUAAGAAUCAGAGGAUUAUUGCUUAUUAUACUAUUUCUAUAGGUGAAGUUGUUAUUGACGUUGAAGUUAUUAUUGGUGGUGUUAUUUGGUGUUUUUAUGAAAGGAUAGGAACUAAACUUUCAUCAGUAGAAUCUUACACUUUCGCCUAUUAUUCCAUGAUCUUUAUUUUACCAUCAUCAUCUCCAUCUGCUUCUUCUUUCCCUUCCCCUCUUUAUUACUAG